UUUAGUACACUGUCAUGCCCUAAAAUCUAGCUUAUGACCACAAUGAUGAGACACAUCGGCCAUCUCGGCUCUCUUCAGAUGGGUUGCCACAAGUAAUGAUGAGCUUGGGAGAUUCAAAACCGGUCAGGAUCCGUGGCUAUAACCAUGGCCUCUCAGAAGGCAUUCAACAAACGAGUAAGCAGAAUUCCUCAAUCGGUCACUCCAUUCCAGAUCGGAAAUUUCUCAAUCUGAUACAAAUGGCAAGUUGAGGUGGGAAAGAGAAAGCCAAACUUGACACAAACAUCCUAAACAGAGUUAGCAAGAACUUCAAGAAAACAAAGAAGCUGAACACCUGCACUAACACAGCUAUAAGGCUUAGUUAUACCAACAAGCAGCAGAUAAAGAAAUUAAUCCAGCACCUGAGUCUGCAGCAGAAGAAAGCCUUUGAGCAGAGGAAUGAAUUUCAGACCAAAAAUUAUGAAAAAAUUCUUGGAGCUAUCAAACAGUGAGACUCGAAAUCGAUUAAUUUAUCUGAAAAUCAGAGUAGUCAACUGUACCAAAUCCCUUUUGCAAAUAUUGCCUUGAAGAAGAUCAGGAAUAAUAGGAAUUUGGGAGGAGUUGAAAUUACUACUAGGAAGAGCAAACUGUCAGAAUAUAUGAGUCUGAACUCAAUGUCAAAGAGAAUUUCUACGAAGAGUUCCGAAAAAGGGUGGAAAUUUAAAGAUUACAAAUUUCCAACUGUGCUCCCACAAGAGCAUUCAAACAGUGUCAUCACUGCUGAUGUUAAACGUAGCAAGUCAUGAGGCAAGCCCUGCUUAGAAGUAAAGGAUAUCUACCAGAUAUUUGGACUAAAAUCAUCUUCUUCUUCAAAGGAGACAAUUGAUCUUCCUUUUGUUGAUGAAGAGAUUAAGCAGAAAUAAGAUCUUUAGAGUACACAAGAAGAGCAAGAGUUCUGAAAAGGCUAAGAACUUUACCCUAUAUCAGACUUUUACUGAAGCUCCGAUAAUCAAUGUCUUAAAGCCCAAAAGUUCAGAACUUAGAAAAGCACUGAAAAACACCCCAAAGUGGAAAUCAUCUGUCUCCAGGACAUUACAGAACUCUCCAAUGAUUUUACCCCUAGAGAACCCUGAACUGGCUCUAACAACUAGAGGGUUUGUCGAUUUUAAGACGAAGCUUAAAAGAAAGUACAAAAAGGGAGAAUUUUUUGCCAAAUUUUGAUAA